AUGGACAAUGCAGAAUCUGGACUGAAACAACAUUUGGAGCGGCUGGAUGAGCUCUUCUCCACGAGGCCAGAUCUACUCCAGGCUUUGCGCUUCAUGCAGUUAAUGGUCAACAAUGUAAUCCAAGAGAUGACCGCUCUGCCGGACCUGAGGGCAGCCAACACAGACCUGGGGAUUGUGGCGGAUCAAACUGCUGUUGUGGAGUAUUACAGGUGGCUGACCUAUCUACUGCUGCUGAUUUUUGAUUUGGUCAUCUGCCUGACCAUGUGUUUGGGAAUGGCCAAACAGUCCAGAUGGCUCCUCAUCCUGAUCAUGGGGCUGGUGAUGCUGUCGAUGAUACUCAGCUGGGUCUCACUGGGAGCAGGCCUGGCCACUGCUGUGGGCACUAGUGACUUCUGUGUAUCUCCAGACAAAUUUAUCGUGAACCAAACAAAGGAUCUCAUCACUGCAGAUGUUGCACACUAUUACUUGUUCUGCAGUCCUAAUUUACCAAAUCCUUUUCAAACGUCCCUGACAAUAUGCCAGCGCUCUGUGACCACCAUGCAAAUCCAGAUACAGAAUUUACUGCGGUUAACAACGCCCAUCUUCCCCUCUGCUGAGAAAGACCUUUUGGGGAUCCAGCGACUGUUGAACUCCACAGAGUUCAGUCUGCACCAGCUAACAGCUCUGCUCGACUGCAGAGGAAUACAUAAGGACUAUGUGGAUGCCCUAAUAGGGAUGUGUUAUGACGGGGUGGAAGGGCUGCUCUACCUCUCUUUGUUCUCUCUGCUGGCGGCCUGUGCGCUCUCUGCCAUGCUGUGCACAAUCCUGAGAGUGUGGACACUAAUGGGCACCAGAGACAGGGAGUAUGACGACAUUGACGAGGAGGAUCCCUUUAACCCCCAGGCCAGGCGCCUGUCCUACAACCCCAGAAGGUCUAACAUCCAUAGUUUUUGUAGCUAUACAAGUAGUGUUGGGAGUCAAACAAGUCUCCCACCUCCUCCUCAGUCUGCUUCUAACACUUUACAGCCCCCUGAAUACAUGAAUCAAGCCAUGCUGUUUGGAGGCAACCCUCGUUAUGAGAAUAUGCCACUCAUAGGCCGAGGAUCGCCACCGCCGUCGUACUCGCCCAGUAUGAGGACCCCCUAUAUGUCAAUAACCGAGGCUCAGAUCAGACACUUCGGGACUGACUUCCAGAUAUAA